UCCGCAGUUCCGCCUCCGCCCUCCUUCGGGAAGCUUGGCGGGUGUCGCCCGAGAGGCUCCUACGGGAGCUAGAGCAGUCGCGGCCUGGACGAAAUUGGGGUGCAAAGAAUGGGGUACGAGCCAAGAGAAUCGCUGCUUACCCCUUCAGGAGGCGCGUGAGCGGAGGAAGCGCAGACGGCAUGUUACCCCUUGGCGAAUGGCCACGGUUCCUCUUCCUCUGGUGGCUGCUGCUUUCCGCGGUUGUCGAAGGAUUUUCUCUCUCCUUACCAGCACCACAGAAUUUGACAAUUAAGUCAUAUAAUUUUCAGAAUGUAUUGAGCUGGUCUCCAGUUAGGGGAAUCAAUGGUCCGGUGAUUUACAGUGUUCAGUGGUGCUUGAAUUCUACUGUCUUUAUAUUAUAUUGCAGAGAAUAUGACCAAAUAUGGAAAGAAGUGAACUGCAGAGAUAUCACAAAACCCGAAUGUGAUUUUGAGAGUAAAAAGGAUAUUUUUGCAGUUAUUUUUCGUGUUCGAGCUGAAGAAGGCAACUUAAAAUCUGAGUGGACUAAAACACUCCCCUUUGUUGCUAACAAAGAUACCAUUAUAGGACCUCCAAGAGAAAUAAGUGUAACUUCACAAGCUAAUUCAAUUCUUAUAAGUUUCUUGCCUCCCUUUGAGAAAAGAAGUAAUUUCUCUUCAUUUGACUAUACAAUCUAUUGGGAGAAUUCAGCAGAUACUUCACCAAUCACGACUACCGUACACAGAUUUAAGAAUCUAAAGGAAAGAACCACAUACUGCUUUAGGAUACAAGCAAGACUGCAUGAACGCAAAGGAGAAAAAAGUGGUAUUUAUUGUGCAAAGACUACAAUCACUGAGAGAACAAGAAUUCUCAAUUGCCUAUUGAUACUUGCAUCUGUGUUUUUAAUGCUAGCUUUAGUAUUUUCACUGUUAAUCAUUAUUCGGAAGUAUCCAAAUAUAAUUAAGUCCUUUUGGCAACCUCCACUAACAAUACCAUCACACUAUGCAGAGGACCUUAAUGACCCCCAAAUGAUUACAAUUGAAGAAUUUCAGAACUCUGCAGGAGAAAACCCUUGGGACAUUAUUUCAGUUACCUCCAAAGCAGAAGAAGAUAAGAUUCUGACAAGUUUUACCAGCGAACACAGUUGAUAAAUAAUAUGAUGAAAAAUAUUUUACAUCACUUAUACCUUAUUCCUUACUAUCAUUGUUUUAGUUUCUUGUUUAAGAUCACCCAAUUGCUAAGGAAGUUCCACUCAUCUGUCUGCGUAGCACUGUGAAUUAAGAAACUGAUUUUCAUAGCACAUGCUUAUUCAUUUGGAAGAAACUCCUAAUAUUUCAAUAGGUUUAGUCUGAAUCAAUAUAUUUAUGAAUUUCAGUGUGAAUGUUAGGAGAGCACAAAUCCUAUUGCCUCAUGCAUAUAUAUUUUUCUAAUGAUUAGAGUUUUGUCCUAUAUCAAGGAUAGUUUACACCAGCAUUACCUCAUUAAAACUUUUUGCGGUAGACUUAGGAGAAAUUUGAUUUGACCUGAAAUUUAGCUAUUGGCAAAAUUAGCUUGGCACUUGAAAUUCCAAUGCUAUUAAAUAUAUCAGAGGUACAUAACACUUUUGACCUGGUUUUAAUUUUCAGGCUUGAUGUUUACAUUAGUAAACUUCUUAAUUUGGAGCAAUCUUAAAAAUGUAAAAUUGAAUACUGUCAAUUGCAGCUGGUGAAUGGAAUAAUGUGUUUCAAGUAAGUUUGUGCUGUUCUUGAACAGGAUGGAAUUAGAAGAACUUCCCUGCAUGAUGGACUGAAGGUCCUUUUACUAGUUAUGUCUGGUGGAUCAGAUGCAGCCUGUUUAUUAAUUGGGAACUUGCUUCCAAGAUUCAUGGAACAACCACAUCUUCAAUUAUUGUAAUUUUCUGUGACUUGGCUGUGUGACCAUUUGACUUCCUAUCAACUUUAACAGAUCAGACUAUGGUCCAGUUGUAUUUUUUGUUUUAAAAAAAUUCAAUUGGACUGGCUACUAGCAGCAUUUGAAGAUUUCCAGGUGUGUUAUUCCAUGCUCUUCUUGCUGUUAAGCUUAGUUAAACAGUACUGUAUAUAGAAUUCAAGGCAAUUGCUCAAGCAUUGAGAUUACUGAGAAUUGCAGUAGAUAAACUUCUAUAUUUCCCUUUUCCAGAAUCACUACAGAUUGUCCCUUCCUUGGAUUUCCUUCCUUUAUCAUGGCAAGAUUUGAGGUGUUCAACCUUGUAUGGCACCCAUUUAAUUGCCAAUUUAAAUAAUUUCAUAGUUUUCAUGAUACUUGUAUGUGAUUUCAGAGGAAAUGUUGAGUUCUUAGGCAUUUUUAUACUAUUUUUGCACUGAAUUUAUAAUGUAUAUACAUUUGUACUGUUUAUACCCUAGAAAAUACUGGGAAGGAACUGACUAUAGCUAGUUCUUGACUUAUAACAAUUGAACCCCAAUUUUUUGUUGCUAAGUGAAAUAUUUAAGCGUAUUUACCCCAUUUUACAACCUUUUAUGCCACGGUUGUUAAUUGCAGUUGUUAGUAACAUGGUUGUUAAGUGAAUAUCGCUUCCCCUUUGACCCAUGACCCCGCCACACAGCAACCAUCAUAAAUACAAGUCAGUUGUUAAGCAUCUGAUUUCUGAUCACGUGACUAUGUGGAUACUCCAACAAUUGUGUGAAAAAUGGCCAUAAGUCACUUUUUUCAGUGCCAUUGUAACUUUGAACAGUCACUAAGUGAACUGUUGUAAGUCAAGGACUACUUGAAUAUGCUGCUAUUUGUUUGUAGUGAGAAUUCAGUUUUAAUUGGACACCCGGCCUAAGAUUAAUGGUACUUUCUGCUGUUUAAGGAUUAAAAUUGCUUAAAAUUCUUGAUAACAUUAGAAAUAAUUUGUCCUUGUUUUCCUCCUGGUAAUGUAUGUAUAUAAUGUAUAUGUGUCUUUCUUGGAAGAACCAUAAAAUCAAAUGCAGAACCUGUAUUAAAACCGUGGCUGAUUAAUGGGUAUUAUAGGUUUCUCACUUUAUCUUUUAAGUUCGAAGAUUGAAUAUUUCAAAUGUAUCUGAUACUCAGUCUCCUAAAACUGGAGAGCUCUGCAUUAAGCUAAAACUAAACUCUAAAAAUGCUUGUGUUAAACAUCACACAAAAUGUAGUACUAAUGUUAAAUUCAGCCAAUGAUUGGCAAUUACCCUUUAUCUCAUUGGUGGAAAAAUGUUAAUAUACAAGAAAGCAGUUAAAAAAAAUUGUGUGCCAAAAUUAUGAAUAAAUAAAAUUCUUUUUGAAAUGUAAUA